GGGCCAGCCGCGGCGGGGCCGGGCCGGGCCGCCCCUCAUCUGCAUGGGAGGGACUAUAGCCCAGCGCGAGCCGGCUGCCUCUUCCCCAGUCGCCUUGGAGCGCGAGCUGCGCGUGACUCUCCCUCUCCUCUGCCGCUGCGCCUGAGAUACUCAAAAUGUCCAUACUCAAGAUCCAUGCUCGUGAAAUCUUUGACUCACGUGGGAACCCCACUGUUGAGGUAGACCUCUAUACCAGCAAAGGUCUGUUUAGAGCUGCCGUACCUAGUGGUGCCUCCACUGGAAUCUAUGAGGCUCUGGAGCUUCGUGACAAUGACAAGACUCGCUUCCUGGGAAAAGGUGUCUCAAAAGCUGUUGGGCACAUCAAUAAAACAAUUGCACCUGCACUGAUUAGCAAGAACAUAAACGUUGUGGAGCAAGAGAAGAUUGACAAACUGAUGCUGGAGAUGGAUGGAUCAGAAAACAAGUCCAAGUUUGGGGCUAAUGCCAUUCUGGGUGUGUCUCUGGCUGUGUGCAAAGCUGGUGCUGCUGAGAAGGGGGUCCCCCUGUAUCGUCACAUUGCUGACCUUGCGGGAAACCCAGAAGUCAUCCUGCCAGUUCCUGCCUUCAAUGUGAUCAAUGGUGGGUCCCAUGCUGGUAACAAGCUGGCCAUGCAGGAGUUCAUGAUCCUCCCGGUUGGUGCUGAGAGCUUCAAGGAAGCAAUGCGUAUUGGUGCUGAGGUCUACCACAACUUGAAGAAUGUCAUCAAGGAGAAGUACGGAAAGGAUGCAACCAAUGUGGGUGACGAGGGUGGUUUUGCACCCAACAUCUUGGAGAACAAAGAAGCUCUGGAGCUGCUGAAGACUGCGAUCAGCAAGGCUGGCUACACUGACAAGGUGGUCAUUGGGAUGGAUGUGGCUGCCUCAGAGUUCUAUCGUGAUGGAAAGUACGACCUGGACUUCAAGUCUCCUGAUGACCCCAGCAGAUACAUCUCUCCUGACCAGCUGGCUGAUCUGUACAAGAGCUUUAUCAAGAGCUACCCAUUGGUGUCGGUUGAAGAUCCCUUUGACCAGGAUGACUGGUCAGCUUGGAAGAAGUUCACUGCCAGCGUGGGUGUUCAAGUGGUGGGUGAUGACCUGACUGUGACCAAUCCUAAGCGUAUUGCUAAAGCUGUGGAGGAGAAAUCAUGCAACUGCCUGUUGCUCAAAGUGAACCAGAUUGGCUCUGUCAUGGAAUCCCUGCAGGCCUGCAAGCUUGCCCAGUCCAAUGGCUGGGGUGUGAUGGUGAGUCACCGUUCUGGAGAGACUGAAGAUACCUUCAUUGCUGACCUGGUGGUUGGUCUCUGCACUGGACAGAUCAAGACUGGUGCCCCUUGCAGAUCUGAGCGUCUAGCAAAGUACAAUCAGCUCCUGAGAAUUGAGGAGGAACUCGGAAGCAAGGCCCGCUUUGCCGGCAGGAACUUCAGGAACCCCCGUAUCAACUAAGCUCCGCGGGUCAGACAGCCCUGGUUCUGGUUGAAAGCACUAGUCACCUGAUUAGACCAUUAUUUACCUGUAUUAGAAAGAAGGGCAGCUGAAGGAACAAGACCAGUUUGCAGGGCCUCUCACCCUAGACUGUAUUUCACCUAGUGUUCCCCAGCUCUACCUGUUGCUCUUAAGCGCUUUGAUGCUUCUGUAGAACAGUCCCUCUGGGGGUUUUGUGUAUUUAAAAAAUUUGAACCAUGUUUUAAGACCCCACUUUGACCUUGCUGAGUGUGGGCAUAAACCUAUACUUCCCCCUGUUUAAGUGUGUGGAGCUGUGUAACUUGCAGUGCAGCCUGAGGUUCCUGCAAACAGGAAAUAGUAGUGUUAUGUGAGGCAAAUAAAAGCAUCAAACAGCCCA